AUAGUGAUAAUGUGAUUUCUUACGACAACCAUGUUAUUGUAACUUCCUUGUUGUUUUAAUAGCACACAGAGUGAAGUGAUACAAUAUUUAACAUGUUUCAAUUUAACGUCAUUGUUUGAUCCUGCCGACAGUUUGGUUAAUUGAUUAAUUAAUUCAGGUAGCAGCGAGCUGAAAGUGAAGUAAAAGGCAAGUACAGUCCGAGCUCUGUAGUACAUAUUUCAGCAAAAUGACGAGUUCCUCAGACGAGAAUUAUAAAAAUAUAAAACAUCCAGAUGAUGUAGACAGCCUUAGUUUAGACGAAGUUUCUUUAUGGUUAGAAUGGAAAGGAAUCCCCUACGAACAUCUAGAGAACUUGGAGGAGAUGCAGGAGCUUAUAAGGCACCAUCUGGAGACACCUGACAGCAACGAAGAACAUGCAAAGACAAAUGAUACAUCACAUGAUGUGUCAAAGAGUCAAGUGCUGUUGGAGGAAAUAUUGGCUAAAGACAAGAAAAUGAAAGAAGAGCUAUCGGAGGUAUAUCUAGAAUUGAUCAAGUUUAUGAAUACAGUUGGUGACGAUCUGCGAUCAGUCAUGGAGCAAAUUCAUGGUGACUUUGACGAAAAGCUUGCUACUUAUGAUAGGGAACUUGUAAACAAUGAAUGCCCUAUUGUUGUUGCCGGGGAAACUAGCGCCGGUAAGAGCAGUUUGUUGAACCUCAUACUUGGUACCGAUGUACUACCCCAUUCCCUUCUCUGUGCCACUUCAACCAUAUGUCGUCUGCAUAAUAGCAAAAGCAAGAAGUUUGAAAUUAUUACAAACGAAAAUGAAAUAAUUCCAAUAGAAGUGAAUAAUGAAAACCCGGAAAAAGAAGAGGAACUUUUAAAGGAAAAAUUGAAACCUUAUGUGAGCAGCACAGAAAGUCGAGAAGAGCAUAAAUAUAAGCAAGUUGAGAUUUACUGGCCUAUACCAUUGUUACAGGACCGAGUAACCAUUGUCGACACACCAGGGGUGGGAGAAAGCGAUGAAAUAUCGAAGAGAUUGUUUGAGUAUCUACCUAAUGCUGUUGCAUUCAUUUACGUCAUCAACAGUGCUAACUCUGGAGGCAUUCAGGAGGACCGGCUUCUACAAAUCUUAAAUGAGCAAAACAGAUGGCAAAUAGAGGGACGACUGACUACGUUUGAUUAUAAUUCAACGAUUUUCGUCUGCAACAAGUGGGAUAUCGUGGAGAAAAGACACGAGGAAGACAAAGUGUGGAAAGACACCGAAGCCAAGUUGCAAAACGCUCUCCCGAACUUUCCUUUAAAUCAAGUUUUCAGAAUGAGUGUUACUGAGGCUGAAAGGUAUAAAAAGUCUCGUAUGGGUCUUACAGAAAAAUUCAGAAGUCUACUGGAUGGUGUAGAAAAAUUAGUUCCAGCUAGCUUACAUGCAAAGAUUGGAAGACAUUUUCAAUUUCUAGAGAUGUUCCUGCAGCAGCUUCAGUCUAAAAUCAUGUCAAGAAUAAACCAUGCUAAGAAAUCAGAAGAAGAAAAGAAUAAACUAUAUGAAGAUGUUGUCAGGCGGUUGAACAGGCUCAAUGCGGACUCGGACAGGGUUAAAGAUGGUCUACUAAACACAGCAAAGGCAGAAUGUCAGCAGAUGGUAAAUAAACUACAUGAAUAUCUUCAAAGCGGUGACGUCAAGGAACGCUUGCUUUCUUGGCGGGAAGACGAUGCCCCAGAUAUUGAAGCAGAAGACUUUGAAGUUACUAAAUUUAAAGCGGAUGGUAUCAUUGUUGGAAGAAUCUUGAAGAUGUUGAAAGAUUGGGAAGAAGAAAAUAAACUUGUGAAAGUGGCAUCUGAACGGUUGACCAAGAUGUUCAAAGAAGAAUGCCAGAUUAUAUCGAAGGAUUACACGGAUGUAAAUGUAGUUGUUGAGGGUAUGGUAGACGAGGACCUUCCAUUAGCGCUUGGUAUAGCGCCUUCUGGCAAACCAAAUGAUGCAUUAUUUACAAAGAGUGAAAAGGUUAUUUUAGCGGUAGCAGCUCCGCUUUGGGUACCAUUAGUAACUGCUGCCUCUCUGCUCUUCUUACCUGUGGGAGUUGGUAUGUUCAUUAAGGAAACAAUUAAAGCCGGGAAGCAAAGGAGAGAUUAUAGGGAAAACAAAGUAAAAUAUAUGAAAGAAUGGACUAUGAAGAUAAUGGAAUCGGCUUUCACAGAGGAAAAUGUUGGCUCAUUUAUAUUUGGUGUUUAUUUUGGCAAUUUCGAGAAGAAAAUCGUUGAACUCUGCGAAGAAUUUAUCCCACAGCAAAUUGCUGCCGACCAAAAGCAAGUGAAUAUUAUUGCCAAUGAUAGAAGAACGUCCCAUCAGAUCCUCUCAGAGUUUCAACCAUUACUUUAUCAACUGAAGAUGAUUAUGGGAAAACUGAGAUAUUACGAAUUGAAAUAUAUGGCAAAAGAUAUGAUUGAGCAAUCUGAUUUGCAUAUAGAAAAAGAAAUAGGCAGAGGAAAUUUCUCCGAUGUGUAUCUCGCCACCUGGACAAAUGGCGAUAGAAAAGAGAGAGUGGCAAUGAAGGUACUGCGAAGAAAACUGAAAGGUGCCGAUAUGGUAUCACAGCUUGAGGAAGUGGAAUGUCUAAGGAAAUUCCGUCAUACGAAUAUUGUGAAGAUUUAUGGUGUUUGUUAUACCAAUGACAGCACCGAUUCCGUAGACAAUCGGCUGACAAUGGUGCUGGAAUUCUGCGACAAGAGUUUGGAAGACAUCGCUUUUAAUGAUGAAAAGUUACAGUGCAAGAAUUUUAAAUCAAUACCUGAGAGAUACGAGGCAUUCACGUUUUAUGUCACGAUGGCAACAGGUGUCUGUGAUGGAUUGACAGAAAUGCAUCAGAAGGGCUACUUACACAGAGAUCUCAAGUUGUCAAAUGUCUUAGUGAAAAACAACAUAGCGAAACUGUGUGACUUGGGAUUCGCUAGGAUGGAGGUAGCAGUAACUGGGACAUUUGUUGGGACGAUGACUCACAUGUCACCGGAACUUCUUAAACACGAGAAUUACACCUUUAGUUCCGACAUAUACAGUCUUGCAAUUCUACUCUGGGAAUUAUGGUAUGGUCAUUACGCAUACACAGAGUCAGAUUAUGACGGUCUGAAAACUUUUCAGCUACUGGACGCUAUCAAAUUAGGACAACGACCAAAGUUAACAUGGAAGUUUCGUCCAACAAAUGAACUGUCCGAUGUGAUAAAAGCCUGUUGGAAUGGCGACCAUUUAAAGCGGCCAUCGGCAUCUGAAGUAGGAGAGAGACUUAGAAAGAUGUAUCGUCAAUACCACAACGAAGCAGAGUAAAGUUAUAUAGGUUAAGAAUGAUACGACGCCGACGCCUAGAGUUUAAAAUGAUUGUCAAAUUUAAAACGUCGAUAAAUUGAGCAAUUUAGCUUCUAUAAAACAAAUAUGUUAACGUUUAAGGUAGUAGACCUUUAAUGACCAUCGGCAAAUUACGUAUUUUGCAUAUGUUACUUCGGCAUUCUCCGGCGUUUACGGAAAAUCACGUGGACGUUUCGCUAUAGUUACAUCUGAAGAAUGCCGAAUUGAGUAACGAUGGAAUGUAAUACCACAAAAAUUGCCGACUGCCAUUGUGGGUCCAUCACCUUAAAUUUUGAAAGAGAAAAAAUAGAGGAUUCUGUACAGAGUAACUUUUCUGAACAUAUUUAAUACUAUGCAUGAUUAUAGUGUAAAGGGAAAAUUCUACAAUACUACAUUAGUACAAUUUGAAGUCUACAUUUGGGAGAUAGAAAAUAUGUUGAUACAAUACGUUACUUAUCCUUGAAAAGAAAUCAUUCUAAAGUGUUCACCAGGGCGAAUAUUUAUCAAAUACAAAGGAGAUUCUUAAUUCACAGUUAAAUUUUGUAAACAAAAGUUUUACCAUUUCUUGCUACAAGUCGUAUCCAGUAUGGUGACUUAAGCAUUUACGUUGUGAUGCUGAUGUGACUAGAUGCUAUAUUACAACGGCAGGCCAUGUAUUUGCCGCCACACUAUACAUAUACACGGUUGAUAAAAUUACAGCAUGAGCAUUGAUCAAGUUUAAGCAUUAAAGGGUCAGUUCUCCGUAUCGAGUUCAUCUUAUAGCGCUGUUUAAUUGAUCACGUGAUCAAAUGUUUAAUUGAUCAGAAAAUAAAACUGUGCAUUUAUGACAAUCAAUGGAAUUUAAUUAUUAUUGAAAACCUGCAAGACGUAAUCAUCCUAGUAAUGGUAAUGCUGUUCUCGUCUGUUUGUUUUUAAAGUUUUUAACAAAACGGAUUGUCUAAAUUGAUUUAUUUUAAACCAUGACAAAUAAUGCCUAUUACAGUAAUUUUAGUUCUGUAUUAAAACAAUAAAAAGCUAUGCUCCUGUU